UUCACCCUUUAAUGUCGGGGCGGCCCCGUGGUGCAACGGUUACUGAGGGUUGGCUGUCCUGGGUUCAGCUUUCCUCUCGGGCACGCUGUUCUUUCUCUGCAUGUGACAUCUGUUUACUGGACUGACUGCCUUGCCGUGAAACAGUCUUAGCUGCAGGCUCGGGAGCAAGAAUGUCAACAACCGAAGAAGGUAGAAGACAACAAACUUGCGUCGUUGCAAGAUGGUCCAAGUGAAAAUGCUGACAGUGCCAGACACCAGCAUGGGUCUGAGGAAACUGAAAGAGUCCAUUCGGAGGAAAAGACAACUGUGACCGUAGAAUACACCGGAUAACCAACCAAAGGAAACUAAUUGUGAUCAUGUGCAUUCUGAUGACUGAGAUGUGUGAACGUCUGACAUACUACAGUGUUGUUGCCAACCUGGUCCUCUUCUGCACUAGCACUCUAAAAUACAGCAGCAACGAUGCCACCACAAUCAGCCUUGUAUUCUCAGGGUCAGUGUAUCUUAUUCCAGUCUUUGGAGGCUGCAUUGCUGAUGGAAAAAUUGGAAUGUUCAACACAACUUAUGGCUUCUCACUGAUCUAUUUACUGGGGUUGUUUCUGCUUCCAGCAUCGGCAGUUGACUACAAGGAUUUGUUUGGUGGGGAUGAGUAUGAAUUAAGUGUGGAGCACCGCAGGAUAUAUUUUAUGCUAGGUCUGGUGUUUGCUGCUAUUGGCACUGGAGGAAUUAAGGCUCCUUUGGCAACCUUUGGGCCACAGCAAGUUCAAGACAUGGGACCUGCAGCCGUACAGACAUUUUUCAACUGGUACACUUGGUUUGCAAAUGCUGGAGCGCUCAUAGCCUACUCAGGUGUGGCAGUAGUCCAACAGAACGUAAGCUUUUCGUGGGGCUUUUUCAUCCCAUUGCUCAGCAUGCUAUUGGGCAUUGUGUCUCUACAGUUUGCCAGACGUCACUACAUUCACAAACAACUGACAGGUGGCAUGAUUAGAGACUCUUUCAUCGUCUGUUUUCAAGGUUGCUGUCCACCCAAAGGUAGAGAAAAACAACAGACCCACGGGUUCUUUGACACAGCACGUAUCCAGCAUGGAGGGUCUUAUGAUGACAAAAUAGUUGAUGGAGUGAUUGCAGUUCUUAGGGUCCUGCCAAUAUUCUUCCUUUUGACCAUGUAUUGGGCCGUCUAUUCGCAGAUCCAAACAACAUUUUUCCUGCAAGGUGAGCGCAUGGACUUGAAUGUUGGUAAGGGAAAUGUGCCUGUUGCCAUCCUCAACGUAUUCAACACAAUUUCUGUCAUGCUUCUCAUCCCUGUCAUGGACAGAGUGCUCUAUCCCUGCAUGGAGCGCCUGGGCCAUCCACUUUCACAUCUACAUAAAAUAGGCAUUGGCAUGGUGGUGGCGGCAAGCUCAAUGAUUGUGGCUGCAGUUCUGGAAAUUGAGAGGAAAAAGCAGCUGGGAUUUCAACAAGUAGUUGGAAGUGAAACAUUCAAUGCCUCUUAUAUCAGCGUCUUUGCUCAGAUCCCACAGUUUGCACUUGUAGGUGCCAGCGAAGCUUUUGUCAGUGUAUCAGGUCUAGAGUUUGCCUACACGCAGUCCCCAGAGAGCAUGCAAGGAGUUAUGAUGGGUGUUUACUUGGCCUCAGCUGGACUGGGCAGCUACCUUUCUACAGCCAUACUAAAAAUAGUGGAAGAAACUACAGUAGAUGAUCCAUGGUUACCUGAUGAAAUGAACAACGGGCAUGCUGAGUACCUGUUUUACCUUCUGGCCGGGCUUAUGGGAGUAUUUUUUCUAGGGUUUUUAUUAGUUGCCAAAAAGUACAACAAGAACAUAUCAAGUAACAGACACAUAGACACUGAAAUGGUAUGAAUGUAGAAGCUCAGUUCGUCAUUCAUGUGGAUUUUAGCACGACACAAACAAUAUCUUUCAUAUCGAAGUCGCUCUCAUUUUUGUAAAACCCUUAAUUUAAAAAAAAUAUUAAAAUACAUGUCAAAAGCUUAAUUAAAAAUUAUUAAAUAAUUAUAAAGCUUGAUAAAACAACUUCAAACACCAUAAUUAUAGUAAAAGACGCAGUGUUGAAACUGAUGGGUAUUGAAAUUCAUCUUUUGCGUUCCACUCUUGCCAUGCAUUUACACUGUCAGUUGCUCCGAUUAAAGGCUGCGGACAGCUUCAGCAAGUAUGCAGUUCCCUAGAGAUGCUCCCCUGCAUCCAGCCAGAACCAUGUCAUCAAAACAUUGGCAUGCCUGCUGGAUGUGCUCUGGGGUUUGGGUCCCCGCACUACAGGGGCAUUCACUAGUAUGGUACAUCCCCAUCUUGUGCUAGUUUGCCAGCAAUCAGCAGUGACCUGUUCGUGACCUGAACAUAAUGACUAAUUGCUCUUGCCCUCCAAGCCGCAGUGUCAUGUCCCAGUUUCAAUCACAGACUGAAAUCGACCAGAAGGGCGGGAGUUGUUCCUGAUUUAUACCUCGUGCUCCAUGCUCUGAUUUCACAGCGAGAAGCUUAGUUCAUCCCUGAAAUAUCAUGCCCUUUGGUGGGAGCCAACAUUUCGAGUUUUAAGAACACUUAGAAUCUCAGUGUACACAGUUUAUAGCAUGCUACUACACGCGGUGCACAACAAAAGCGUAGAAACCUAAAUGUAAAGGACAUAUCUGGUCCUACAUGUCUAAUGAAGUCUUUAGAAAGAAAACUAAAUGGAAGUCUAGUAAGACGAGCUUGUAAUAUUACUGCUUUGGAAUACAGGUGACUAAGCAAAGGUCAUUUAAUACAGUUGGAGAAUCUUUGGGAGACCUUCCACUAGUUUCAAAAUAUAAUUUCAGUUAUGUGAGUUGUACGGACAGGCAGGCCUUAGUGUCUAUAGUCAGAUGCUUUUCUGUGCAUGGUUGGUGAUGAGAUAUUGACAAAGAAAAUGUGUAUAUGUUGUUUCGUAUAGCUUCUUCUGCUGAUAUACUCUUAAAUGACUGUGUGAACCUAUUUGUUAUGUUGCUUUUCAUUUAUCGUAUUUUAUGUGUUGUAUACCUUUGCAUUAUAGAAAUUAAUUAAGCAGAUUCUGAAAAAA